AUGAGUUCUAUGAACUCGCGCUUCAAAGCCUUGGGUUUUGGAAAACGUCGAUCAACUGCCAGCAUUCAAGGACCCGAGACGCCGGCCCAGCAACCACCCUCGCAAUCCGGCACCCCUCCUCCCGCUGGUCCCCCCUCGCAGAUCCCACCCGGCCCGCCCCAGCUUCCACCCGUUUUUGCCAACGUUCGCCCUGCUGCCGGUCCUGCGCCCUCGAUCGCCUCAAACUCCUCCCAACAGAGCCUGCCAAUGAAUCAUCCGGGCGCCGGUCCUCGCCCGCCUAGUUAUACGGCAAACUACCCUCCCCAAGGCGGUCCUCCUCCCCUCGGUCGCCAGAGCCCUCUCAACCAAGGUCAGACUCGCACUCCUCCAUCGCAAAUGAUUGGCGGUCCACCUCCGAUCAACACGGGCGCCCAGGGCGUCACCGGCUACCCGCCGCCCAUGGGUGGCCCUCCGCCUGGUGCUGGUGGUCCUCCGGGCUAUGCUGGUGCCCAAGGAUACCCGCCUCCAGGCCCUCCCCAGCCGCAGGGUAACAUGCCCCUUGGUGGUCCAUACCAAAGAAGUGCUGCCGCCGAGGUUGAAGGUAACAGCAGGAGCAAGGCACAAUUGAUUGUCGGCAUUGAUUUUGGCACAACCUUCUCUGGUGUUGCCUUCGCAUUCGCGACAAACAACGAGGCAAAGGAGGAUAUCAUUACUGAAUGGCCUGGUGCUGGUUCAUAUACAAAACAAAAGAUUCCCACUGUCCUAUACUACGAUCAAUACCAAAAGGUAGUCGGAUGGGGCCCCGAUAUCGCCGAUGCGCUUGCACCAACCGGAUACCCUAAACCGGGCGUGCAAAAGGUCGAGUGGUUCAAGCUGCAGUUGAUGCUGUCAGGCAACACCUAUAUCGACCCCAUCAACCUGCCUCCUCUGCCUCCAGGCAAGUCGGAAAUCGACGUUGCCGCCGACUACCUCUUCAAGCUUCGCCAGGCAAUGCGCUCGGCCCUUCAAAAGACCUUGGGCGAGGUGUUCAACCGAGAGGAGCGCAACAUCCGCUACUACCUGACAGUCCCCGCCAUCUGGAACGAUGCUGGUAAGGCUGCGACAAGGGCGGCCGCUAUCCAGGCCGGUUUCCUUCGCGAUGAGAAUGAUAACAGGUUGACCCUGGUCAGUGAGCCCGAGGCUGCUGCGCUGUUUUGCUCCAAAACCGGUCUUCUCAACCUCAAGGUACAUGACGCUGUGCUGAUUGUCGAUUGCGGUGGUGGUACUGUCGACUUGAUUGCCUACGAGGUUGAGGAUGAGAACCCAUUCACAGUAGCCGAGUGCACUGCAGGGUCCGGAGAUUCCUGCGGAUCCACAGCACUCAACCGUAACUUCAGCAACAUCCUGCGCACCAAGAUUCGCAAGAUGAAGCUCCCUGAUGGCUCAAAGACUGCUGGUCGUGUAUACGCCAAGUGUAUCAUGGACUUCGAGAACCGCAUCAAGGCCGAUUUCCGUAACAACGGACAGAAGUGGGCCGUCGACGUCGGUAUCGAGGCCGAGUUCCCCGAGGCAGGCAUCGAGGAGGGUUACAUGACCUUCACCAACGAGGAGAUUCUGCAGUGCUUCGAGCCUGUCGUUAAUCGCAUUCUUGAGCUCGUGCGCAACCAGAUCAUUGCCAUCCAGGCCCAGAACAGGACGCUUCAAAACAUCUUGGUGGUCGGUGGUUUCGGUGCAUCCGAAUAUCUCUUCCAGCAGAUCAAGUUGCACGUGCCCCCACAGUUCCAGUCCAAGGUUGUGCGGCCCAUGGACUCAGUAGCUGCCAUCGUGAAGGGUGCAGUCACUGCCGGUAUCACAGAGCGAGUCAUUACACACCGUGUUGCGCGACGACACUAUCUUAUGGCAACGCUGCAGCCGUUUAAGGAAGGCUACCACCCCGAGGCGUAUCGUGUCCCGUCCCUCGAUGGGAAGGAUAGGUGUAAAUUCACCCGGCAGAUCUUCGUUCAAAAGGGACAAAAAGUCAAGAUUGGGGAGCCGGUCAAGGUUUCGUUUUUCAGGCAGGUCGCGCCGGGCGCAACGCUCAUGUACGAGGAUAUUCUGUACGCCUGCGACGACGACGUUUGCCCGGAGUACACCAAGGACCCUCGUAUCAAGGAGGUCGUUACCCUCACCUCGGACCUUUCGCGCAAAAACCUAGAGAAGGACUUUGAGCGCAUGGAUACGCCGCAGGGAACAUUUUACAGGGUGUACUUUGACAUUUACCUGACUCUGGAUGGUUCCGAGUUUAGCGCCGAGUUGGUAUGCCAAGGAGAGGUCAUGGGACGGUGCAGAGCUCGAUUCCGAUAG